GUUAAAGUUAAAAACGAUUUAUCACGAGUUGUUUAAUCGAUACUUUGCGUUACCACGAGCAAUACAUUGGCGUUUUCGCGUUCGUGCUAUGAUCUUGCCGUUUCUCGAUCAGUUAGCUGGACACAAGCUGCUAUUUUCGCUUCAAAGCGUACUGUCAAUUUCUAUUAUCGUGUAACACGUGUUGCAUACCUUUCGUUUUCAAUAUCAAGUAGAUACAUUUUUUCAUCGAAGAAUAAUUUACCUUGGAAUUCUUAAGUGAGUUAAGUGUCAAACCGAUUAACAAUUUGUUUUAUUGACUGACAGCACCAAAUCUUUGGAACCGACUAGCUGUAUUGAAGAGGUAACCUAUUUACAUUGUUAUAUUUACAAUAUUAUAGUAUUAUCAUAUCACGAGAAGCGAUAAACAUACUCUAGAAUUAAUUAACUUCAUUAUUCUUAUUAAUGUUUACAAUAUUUUAUAAUGAAAAUGUUAGUAUCUCGUGUUACCAGCAAUACAAUAUGUAGAAUGUCUAUCACUGUAACGUUAUCUGAACGUCAUAUGAACCCCUUUUAGUAACCAUAUUAAUUCUUAAUUACUAACGUGAAAAAUAACAUAUUACGUGAUAUAUUUCCUCAUAUAGCUGAAAAAUACACCUUCUGAAUUUGAAAUUUUACAUUACUUUUUCAAAAUUCUGUAACAAAAAUUAUAAUUCGAUUAUUUUAAUCACACUGGUAGAGUCUUCCAGACUAUCGUUAAAGACUAUGAUGUUUAUCGCUCGUUGCAUCUCAUAUAAAUAAAAUAAUAAAUGCUAAUAAAAGCUGAAAGUGUUCACGUACGCUUUGUUCCAAGCCUUCUGAGAAAAUGGUUCGGCUGCACGUGAAGAAAGGCGACGAGAGCCAGUUUCUGUACGACACACUCGUGGAGGCUCGGAUUGAAGACAUUAUAUACGACAUUACUAUUAUUUACAACGGUCGGCUGAAAGUCUCAAGAAUAUGUUAUGAAAUCGAGGAGCUGAUCAAGCACGGCACCAUGCUGCCCCAUGACAUGAUGGGCCUCACCGACGAACAGGUUGAGGAGCUCAAGCUCAAGGACGAGUGGGGUGAGAAAUGCGUACCGAUAGGCGGAUGGACCUUUAACAAGGACGUUAUAGGCCGCAGAAAUGGCAAACAGCCUAACGUGAAGAUGCAGGAGGUCUUGAAGAAAACGAUCGAAGAGGCACGAACUAUGGUUUCGAAGAAAUUGGUGCAACAAGAAAAGCUGGUGACACAGAAAACCGUGCAAGAGGCAUUGGACAUUCUAAGGGGUGCCGUGACGAUCGUUUAUCCAAUGGGGCUUCCUCCUCAUGAUAUUAUCCGUCAGGAAUUCGAGAACACGGAGGAUUUAAGCGGCACUCAAGCAUCGCUCGAGGUUAUAGAUGUGCAAUUGGCACAACUUUGGUUCUCAGGAAAAGAAUUAUUACCAGGGACGAAAUUAAAGGAUUAUGUCGGGAUGAACGAAAAGACAAAGAUUAUUAUCAAGCUGCAGAAAAGAGGAGGCGGAAGACCUGCUCGUGAACCAUUAAUGUCAGAAGAGGAAAGGAAACAACUAAUGCUACACGCUUAUAAGCGACAGGAACAGCUCAAGGUGGUUAGGUCAUGA